GCAUGGUGUUGAGGUAUGCCUGCGCCCUUGUCGGCCAUCUUGCACGCAGUUGGGAUACUCUUGCAUUUCCCCGCUGUUUUGUUACCGUGUGCUCUCGCGAGAGGUAUUCUGUUGUCGCUUCAGAAAUCCGUCAGCUUUCCGGUCCUUGUCAGGAGGUUUCUACCACAUCGUAUCAUUAUGCCAAAAUCAAAGGAAGUACUGUCUUCCACAUCUGGAAGCGACUCCGACAGUGAAGUGGAGACCAAGGCAAAGAGGAAGAAGCCAAGUGCACCAGAGAAACCAGCCAAGAAGCCAAAGAGUGGAGAGAGUUCCAAGCCAGGGGGAUCGUCCAAGGGCAGCAGCAGUGGUGAUGACAACAUGUUUCAGAUUGGAAAGAUGAGAUAUGUGAGCGUCAGAGACUUCAAGGGGAAAGUCCUGAUCGAUAUCAGAGAAUACUGGAUGAACCAGGACGGUGAGAUGAAACCAGGAAAGAAAGGUAUUUCCCUGAAUCCUGAACAAUGGAACCAGCUGAAGGACCAGAUUUCAGAAAUUGAUGAUGCCAUUAAAAGAAUAUAAUCAUUCCUGUCUUUUAUUUGUUGAACUAAGGGAGCACGAUGGCUAAUUUGUUUUGUAAAAAGCCUGGGAUUGUUUUGUCUUGGAUCCGUUUAUUUUGUAGUUCAUAGAUCUUGUUGUCUGCAUACUCUGGGUUUGUGUGUGAAACUUGAUUUUGAGAUGUUGUAGUAAAGGUGUGGAUGGAUGAGUAGGGGUUUGAUCAUUGAAAUGGGUGGGUAAGGUGCACCAAUACAGAGAUGUUUUUGUAUUGAUUAAUAAAAAAUAAAGCAGUAGCUUAAUGUUGAUUUUCA